UAUUAUUGUUGCCCUUUUCUUUCUCCUCUUUCUUCUUCUUCUUCUUCUUCUUCUUCUUCUUCUUCUUCUUCAAUGAAUUCCAUUCAAAACUAAAACUUCUCCUAACCCCAAUAUUUUCCAACUCCUUCCAAUCUUCCUUCUUCAUUUUCAUUUUUCACCAACAAAAAGAGAAAAAGCAUGUUCAAGAAGAGAUCAAGAUCAGUUGAAAAUGAAACCAACUGCAGCAUUACAGCAGAAUCCAAGCUCUUCUUUGCAGAAAAACCAGUUGGACUUGGCAUUGCUGAUGCUGCUCUCAAAGGUGACACUGGGCUUGUUUUCUUUGCCUCAAAACUCAAGAUUCAAAUCCCAUCACCAACCAACUCUCUUACUGAAGAAUCCCACUUGUCACCAAUAUUAGAGUUUGGGAUCAAAACCAAAAACUCAAACCUAUCCUUGUUCUCUCCUUGUGGCAAUAACAAUAAUAAAUCUUCAAACCAGCUUUUUCUCAGAUCUUUGUCAGCUAAAGACAUUGAUCAGCUCUCAGAAGAUUACACUUGUGUCAUUUCUCAUGGACCAAACCCCAAAACCAUUCACAUCUUUGAUGACUAUGUUUUUGAGAACUUUGGUCAUAACUCUUUUUUGCCCUCUUGUUUUGCUUGCAAGAAGAGCCUUUGCCUGGACAAAGAUCACUCUUUGAUUUACAGAGGAGAGAAAGUAUUUUUCUGCCAUGAAUGUUGCAAUCAAGAAAUGGUGCUUGAUCAAGGAUCAUCUGUUUAAUAUCUAGAAUUCAUAUAUAUAUAUAUAUAUAUAUAUAUACUGUAAAUUAAUUGAGGAUGUAUUGUAUGAAAUGGGAGAUGAGUUUUAAGUAAUUUGGAAUAAAUAGUGAAUAAUUUGGAUAAUAAAAUGAAGACUUUGGUGCUUUUUUAUU